UGUCAGCAAAGGCCUUUGUACUUGUCUUCAACCACCGCCCUCGAUUAAGCUUUCGUGAAAUUUUCGGAAACAACCAAAUUCUCUUUAAACCACAGCGGAUUCAGUUGAACUAGAAGCAAAACGGAGGAGAAAGAGAAGCAAUGUUCAACAGUCUACUAUCUCAGCGGGUGCUGAGCACUCGCGGCUCGCUGUCGAGAAUAUUUUCCACAAUACGGGGCUUCGCGCAGGCUGCCGCCGAGUCUUCGACAUCCUCACCAUCAGAAGAAGCUGUGCGCAAGACCGUGAAGCAUAUCGACUCGCGCAAGACGUAUCUGAUUGAUCGGUACGCGUACCUCUUGCGGAAUCGGCCGGUCCAGAUCUAUGUGCAGCACAACAAUUUCCGCAAGGACGACUCGUUCAAUGUGCGCUCGCAAUUCAAGAAACUCGGCGUCCAGUACACCGUCCUCAACACAGCCCUGUUCAAAGUCACACUCCGCGGCAUCCAGCACCCGGAUCCCGCGAGCUGGGAGGCUCGUCGCAAGUACAGAUGGCCCAAGAAGCGGGAUAUGCACCCGGCCAUGAGAUUGGUCGAGGGCCCGACCGCCGUGCUCUCGUUCGAGGGCUUGGACCCCGCGCUGAUCGGCUCCGCGGUCGAGGUCGUCGAGAAAUCCGGCGGCAGACUCGUGCUCAUGGGCGCGGUUAUCGAGAACAAGCUGUUCUCGGGCGAGGAGUUGGAUGCGGUCAAAAACCUUGGCUCGUUCGACCAGGUGCGCGCCGAACUUGCGGGCGUGCUCGAGGUGCUGCGCGGUGCUGGCUUGGUCAACACUUUGAGCUCGGCGUCGACGGGAUUGUACUUGACGCUGGAGGCUAGAAAGCAGCAGCUUGAGGAGGGCAAUGGCGAGGAGGCAAAGUAAGAGCAAGUACUGAGAAAUAUGUAUAUGAUGUUGGUAUGGUUUGGGUAGCUUUCUAUACAUGUGUUGAAAUAAUGUAAAUAGUUUUAUUGAUACAGCAGUAUUCUUUUAAAUAUCAGUGCCUAUAGACUGUAGAAAUGUAGAAUGAUAAGAUUGAAAAGAGAAGAAACGCACACUAAACAGGCACACUGACAAA